AUGAUCAGAGGCGGAAGAAGCUACGUGUCGUCACCACCAGCCUUCUCCAAUGACGCCAAACGACUUCUCGUUUGCACUGCCAACUCAGUCUCCAUCUUCAGCACCGCCACCGGCUUACCGGUAGCGUCACUUGAGGGCCAUAUGGCGCGUGUUACGGCGGUGGUAGUAGUGCCGGCGUCAACUCCGGCGAGUAAGAUACUAUGCUAUUGUUGGACGGCUUCACUUGACGGAACUAUUCGGUAUUGGGAUUUUUCAGUGCCAGAGUUAAUUAAGAUAAUUAAUGUUAAUUCUCCGAUUAUCUCCAUGGUGAUUCCAUCUUUAUUAAGUCAAACAGCUGAGACCAAUGAGAAUCCUCCUAAAAUUUUUGCUUAUAUGUCUGUUGAAAACACGAAAGAACCGGAAAAGGAGUCUAAUAGAGCCUUACGUGGUCAAAUUAAAAAGUGUAACUUGACUGAUUCUCGUAUGGCUGGUGGAGUGACAUUGACAGAGACUAUGCAACCGGAGAUUAUAACUGGUAGCUCCUCGGGAAAAUAUUUUGGUAUCCAAUUCAAGCGUAAGCUUCGAAUAUGGAAAGUUCCGACUGCAGAGUCUGAGCGUGCAGUGGUUAAGAAGAUCACACUGCAUCAUACAAAGAAAAUGACUGUUCUUGCAUUCCACCCGUCUCAAAGAAUUGUUGCUGCAGGGGAUGUGACUGGAAGAAUUUUGAUUUGGAGGGGAUUUGGGGAUAGAAUGUUUGCUGAUGGUGAUGAAUUAGUGAGUGGAAGGUUGAUGAAUAAUGAGGAAGAAAGGCCUGGAGUGAGGGGGAUGAUGAUGCUGAUUCAUGCACCACAUGGCAUUGGCAUUCUGCUGAAAUUAGACUUGAAUGGGAAAAAUGGGCAGACCACCUAUCAGUCGCUUUUGGAGUUGAUUAAAGUAAAUUUGGAGAUAUGGGUAAACCAGAGUGAUUGGAUGUCUUUGCAUAAGAAUAUGGACCUUGAAUUAGUGGCAUGUGGAAAGGAAGGAGUUCUUGUGGUUUGGCAACUAGACACAGGAAAGAAGAAAUUUUUACCACGGAUUGGAUCUCCACUCUUAUGGUUUACAGAUUCUCCAGAUCCUUCGCUUUCCUCUGUAAGUGGAAUAUAUAAUCAAAUUCAUCUACUCAAAAUGCCUUCAAUGGAAAUUUUGAAGUCCAUCUCAGGGAUCAAGGUUAGAACUGCCUUGCUUAGUGAGAUGUGUGAUGGCUUACAAAGUGGGAUUGCAUUUGACCAUAAUGCGGGGUUAGUUGCCUUGCGCACAGAAAACUAUUGCAUCCAAUUAUACAGCCUAUUUGAUGACCGAGGAAUUUCUGAGGUUCAAGUUUGCGAGAGAAGCCAUCAACCAGGCGAUGAAGUCACGGUAGUAGUGACAUUAGCCGUUCUCUCUUUAGAUGGCUCGAUGAUGAGUACUGGUGAGGUGAAGCUUCCUGAGGAGGGCUUGGGAGGAUUAGUUUGUCUUAAAUUUUGGACAUUGGGAUCACAAAACAAGGAGUUCAGUUUGUCUACCAUUGUUUAUGAGCCCCACAGGGAUGCUGGCAUUUCAGCUAUUGCUUUUCAUCCUACCCGCCCUGUGGCCGUCAGUUCUUCUUAUGGUGGGGACUUCAAGGUUUGGGUUUGCAACAAUGAGAUUCAGCAAACGGGUCAACUGCUCUCACAUUCUGGAUGGACUUGCCAUGCUGUUGGCUCAUAUAAACUUAAAGCUUAUGACAUCAGAAAAAAGCCAAUGACAGCUGCCACAUUUUCUUUGGAUGGUUCUGUUCUUGCCGUUGCAGCUGAAAAUGUUAUCACAUUGUGGGAUGCAGACAAGAAUAUUCUAGUGGCUGUGAUUGGGGAGACUGUGAUGUGUCCAGUUAUGACUUCCAUUGAUUUGCUUAGAGUAACAAAUAAUGGACAUGUCGAGGUUGUCCAAGGCUGCUCUAUGAAACUGAGUUUGGAGCAAGAGAAUUUGUUGCUUCCUAUUGUGAACCUCUCAUUUGCUGGAAAGUCAGAGUAUCUUGUUUCAGCAUCUUGGGGUUCAAAACCACAACUAUCUGUUUGGAGUAUGUCAAAGCUGUCUGUAUCUUGGUCAUACAUGCUUCAUGUAGAAGCUAUAGCUAAUGCAGCAGACAUGUCAUCUUUUGCUGCUCUUGCACUUCUUCCUGAAUCAUCUAAAUGCAAUGAAACAUCAUUUAAAGGAAGAGAUGGUGUAAUCUUAUUAUUCAAUGCAGCUGAUCCUGUUCCUGUUUCUACCUGGUCAGUGACUAAGGCCAAGGGAGGAGCUCUUGCUUUUAUUCCAGCAAAUCAUUUUUCUAUAGAUGAAAAUGAACUAGAUGGGAAACCACCUCAAUCAUUGCUUGCAUAUGUAAAUGGGGAUCACGAGUAUUUGCUAUUUGACCCACAAAGUAAAGAAACAAAGGAACGUAGUGCAGUUCGGCAAGAGGGUCUCGGUGGCCUUGAAGAAGCUGCGAAAUUUGGUUAUACAUCCAUCUAUGGGGAGCUCCCACAGUUUGACCCAAAGAGGAAACAGGCUUCCUGGGUCCCAUCUGUACCAUUGGAGAGAAUUUUUGGAAUCUUUGUUGGAGAAGAGGACUGCGAUCCUAGAGUGAUAUCUGGGGAAGAUGUUGGGUCCAAAUGCUGUUCGUGCUUUCACGAGAUUGAUUACAGGCAGUCCAGGAGGAUUAGUCCUGUUUCUUGCCCAUGCAAAAAAGACAGGGAAGCUUUGAAAUGGAGAGCCUGGUAUUUGGCUUUGGAAAUUUUGUUAGGAAUUAUGUCUGAACUAUUUGAUGAUAUUCUUAGGGUAAUAUUUUGUGGCCUCGAUAGGGCAAAUGUUAAUUAG